AUGAUAGAAAUCAAAAAAAAGAUGACAAAACAAUUGACAGGAAAAAGGGAUGAUACACGUUUGCAUUCUGCAGCAAGAGCAGGGAAUUUAGAUGUUGUAAGGGAUACCCUUAAUUCUGCCGAGGAGGAUGAAUUGCUUGAAUUAUUGGCUAGGCAGAAUCAAGAUGGAGAAACGGCUCUUUAUGUUGCUGCUGAGUAUGGUUAUAUUGAUGUUGUUAGAGAAAUGAUUCAAUAUUAUGAUCUUGCGGAUGCUGGAAUUAAAGCAAGAAAUGGUUUUGAUGCAUUUCACAUUGCUGCCAAACAAGGGGAUAUAGAUAUAUUGAAGAUCCUUAUGGAGGUUCAUCCUGAUUUGUCAAUGACAGUGGAUCCAUCAAACACAACAGCAUUACACACAGCUGCAACCCAAGGACAUAUUGAAAUAGUAAAAUUCCUACUGGAAGCUGGAAGUAGUUUAGCAACCAUUGCUAAAAGUAAUGGGAAAACAGCACUUCAUUCUGCUGCAAGAAAUGGACAUUUGGAAGUUGUGAAAGCACUUGUUGAGAAAGAGCCUGGUGUUGCAAUAAGGACUGAUAAGAAGGGCCAAACAGCACUUCACAUGGCAGUGAAAGGACAAAAUCUUGAGGUAGUGGAGGCAUUGAUAAAAGCAGAUCCUUCAACAAUAAACAUGAUUGAUAAUAAGGGAAACACUCCAUUGCAUAUAGCAACCAGAAAAGCCAGGGCACAGAUUGUAAAAAUGCUUCUAGGACGGCAAGAAACAAAUCUAAGUGCUGUUAACAGAUCAGGCGAAACAGCAGUAGACACUGCUGAGAAAAUAGGGAACCAAGAUAUCAAAGCCAUUCUAUUAGAACAUGGUGUUCAAAGUGCCAAAUCCAUAAAACCACAAGCAGCAACAACAGCUCGCGAGUUAAAACAAACCGUAAGCGACAUAAAGCACGAGGUACAUUACCAAUUAGAACACACGCGCCAAACGCGGAAACGUGUUCAAGGAAUCGCGAAACGUAUCAACAAGAUGAAUACAGAAGGAUUAAACAAUGCAAUAAACUCAACAACCGUUGUAGCAGUACUAAUAGCAACAGUUGCAUUUGCCGCGAUUUUCACUGUCCCUGGUCAAUUUGUUGAUGAUCCAAACAAUAUUCCAGAAGGGAUGACACUUGGUGAAGCAAAUAUAGCUCCACAAGCACCAUUUGUAAUUUUCUUUGUGUUUGAUUCUAUUGCACUCUUUAUUUCUCUGGCUGUUGUGGUUGUUCAAACUUCGGUCGUCGUUAUAGAAAGCAAAGCAAAGAAACAAAUGGCAGCUAUUAUUAAUAAGCUAAUGUGGAUAGCUUGUGUACUUGUUUCUGUGGCAUUUUUGGCAUUGUCAUUUGUUGUGGUUGGAAAGGAAGAAAAGUGGUUGGCAAUUUUUGUUACCAUUAUAGGGACAACUAUAAUGGCUACAACUUUGGGAACUAUGUUGUAUUGGGUUAUUAAGCAUCGAAUUGAGGCAAAAAAUUUGAGGAAUAUAAGGAAAUCUUCAAUGGAAAGCAAGUCAAAAUCUUUUUCAGUGACUGCUUAUUCAGAUUCUGAGCUGAUGAACAAUGAUUUUAAGAAAAUGUAUGCUAUUUAG